UUUUUUGUUGUCUUUUUGUUUUUUCUCUCCUUUCAUUCUUUUUUUCCUUAACACCCUUCUCAUCUAUUUUUUUUUUCUUAUAUUACAUAUUCACCAUGUUCGCUCUUCGUCGUGCCGCUAUCCGUGCCGCUCCUAUGGCCACUCGUCCUACUGUUCGAUCUUUCUCUGUUUUUGGUGCUCGUCUAUCAAACUCUGUAUCUUCUGAAUUGGCUGACAAGAGUUUCGGUCCUGGAGCCAGUACUGGUGCUGUACCCACUGAUCUCGAACAAGCUACUGGUUUGGAACGUGAAGAAUUGCUUGCCAAGAUUGAAGGUCGUGAACUCUUUGAUCUUGCACCUCUCAACAUGACUCACUUGGGUACUGUCAAGAACCCUAUUAUUGUUGAAUCUCAUGAUCCUAUUCGUUUUGUUGGUUGCACUGGUUUUCCUGCCGAAUCUCACGACACUAUUUGGAUUAACUUGGACAAGUCUCAUGAACACGAUCGAUGCCCCGAAUGUGGCUCCGUUUACAAAAUGUCUUUUGUCGGUUCCGAAGAUGCUCACCAUCACUAAAUAAUAUUAUCAACAUCAUCCACAACGAUAUAUUUUAUCAAGACCAUUGAAAACAUUCAAGGAAAUGGGAGUUUUUUUUUUUUAUAUAGAUUGAUCUACUUUACGACCUUUGAUGUUUUGUAUUUGACAUUUUCUUUACCAACUUAUUGAACUCCAUUUUUCUAUAUAUAUAUACAUAAAAAUAAAAAAAUCUAUUUUGUUAUCGUUUAA